GCCGCUCCAGCGCCGGGCUUGCCAUGGCGCAGCGGAGCCUCCAGCCCUGCACGCAGGACAUCUCCCCGUUGCUGGCUAGCAUCUUUGAGGACCUGUACACUGGAGAUGUUUUUGGGGAAGACCUGGAGACAAACUGGAUCAAGUCCCAAGGAGGAAACAGUGUUUAUCAUGAGAGCUUUACUGAGGAGCUACAGAAGCUUCUUGAUGACUAUAAGUGCCGCCUGAGAGAAGCUGACAGAGCAGAAGAGAACAUCAUUCAGUCCCAGGCACGAGCAAAAGCAGAAGAAGAAAGGGUCCUAAAUGUGCUGAAGGCGGAUGUAGGGGAAGAUUUCCACAAAAUGGGACUGCCACCAGUGGCAUCCUAUUUUAGGUGGAUUGUAGAUAAUGAACUUCUCAGAAAAAAUAAUUUAACCUGCCCUGAAGACUACAUCACUGAAAAAUCUCCUCCUACUAGAGCACCCAAAGGAAAAUCAGAGCCUGGCUAUAUCAAAGAGACUUUUGCUUUUAAACAGCGUGUUUCUUCACGCUUGUGGGACCAGAUGCCUGCAGAGAUUGUACAUCUACAGAAAACACCUGGUAGACUGCCAAAUGUGUCUUUAAGCACAUUAACUCUUCUUUCAACUCCAGACUCUAGCCACCAGACUAAAAACAUAAGUAAGAAAACUAGUGCCUCACAGAAGCUGGCCUGGAAAGACAGUAAGUGCAAAGCUGAGAGAGAAAGUGAGCGUGCUUACCUUGCCAAACUUGAGAAAAGGCAGAAUUACUUGAAGAACCCUCGCUUUUUCCCACCGAAUUCUCUUCAUGGAGGCAAAUCUCUUCUCAUUUCUCAAGGAAAGGUGGAACAAGCCAUAGCCAGAAAGAAAGCAGAAGAUGAUAAAGGAGAUACCUCAUUUGUUCCUGUGUUUCUUGCCAAUCCACCUACUGUUAUGUUUUCUGAUUAUGAAGUUGGCCAGGUGUAUGAGAUGACUAUAGAGCUGCAGAACAUCACUUCAACAUGUCAUUAUGUAAGAGUUAUCCCUCCCUCUACUUCAGCAUUUGCCAUUGGGCCAGGAAAAUUUCCAGGAAAGGGAGGACUGAUUGCUCCUGGGAUGACAUGCCAGUAUACAGUCCGAUUUACUCCUAAAUAUCCAGGAGAUUAUGAAGACUGUAUGUUAGUGGAGACUCAAGUAUCACAACCUCUUUUGAUCCCGAUCCAAGCUAAAAGACCACCUCCCGUGUUAACAUUGCCUCAUACUAUAGACUGUGGUCCCUGCCUUGUUGGAGGAAUAAAAGUAAUGAUGAUUUUGUGCAGAAAUGAGGGAACUAGAACUGAAAAAUUCUCUAUAAUGCCAAAGAAAGCCUACCCAUCUCCUAAUUUUGAGGCUAUUGCUACAGAUGGUUUUGUGAUACAAGCUCCUUUUGGGAUCCAUCCUCCUGUGCUUGAGCUAGCCCCAGGGCAGAAUACAACAGUAAAGGUAAUGUUUUUUCCUUCUUUGCCAGAAGUCUCACAGCAGACAUACACUGUUGUUUGUGACAAUUGCCAGGACAGUGAUGUUACAGUCACAGGUGUCGGACAGCUGAUAGCUCUGGAGCUUUUAUUUGUCACGGGUGGAGAAAGCAAACCCAAAGCUGAUGAAGCUACUGAUGCAACAGCACAGCAUUUCAUACGAUUUGACCCCCAAAACCCACAUACCACCAAGGAGAAGAAACUGGUUAUAAGAAACUCUACCCAAGUAGAACUUCCUUUCUACUGGCAGAUAAUGAAGCCCAACCUGAAACCAUUAGUACCAGAAGAAACUACAGACUUCACAAAGGUCAAAUACAACCAAGACACAGAGUCGGCCUUCUUCCUAGAUCCUGAGGAGGGAGUUUUGUUUCCCUGUACAGAUCAUGAGUUUAUUCUCACUUACACUCCACAGGAGCUGAAGAGUUAUCACAGUGUGAUUCAGAUGGUACUGGUGGACAUCCCAGAAUCACCUUGUUUAGUAAAAGAUGAGAUGCUUCAAAAUACCCCAGAAUACAAAACAAAGGAUGUAAUAGCACUGGGAAUAGAAGUUAAAGGACUAACAGAAGCAUUUAAUCUUCUUCUGGAACCAUAUGCCAUUAUCAUCCCUGGGGAAAACUUUAUUGGUGUAAACAUCAGGAAAACAUUUAAGAUGUGGAAUAACAGCAGAUCAUUGAUCAAGUACACAUGGGAGAAAAUUGUGUCCAGUGACAUCAUGGAAGUUGAACCUUGUACUGGCAUCAUAGAUGUGAAUAAAUGCUGUAAAUUUGAACUGCUAAUUACUGGAAGCAAACCUGGGUCCAUCAGCCAUAACCUGCAGUGUAAAAUUGAAUCCUGUACAGAGCCUGUUGUGCUGCAUGUUGAGGCUGCUUUUAAGGGUCCAGUUCUUCAUAUUGAUGUUCCAUCACUCCAGUUAGGUUUGAUUAAGCAGGGUGAGAGUGUGUUACAAACCUUUAAGAUUCAAAACCAAUGUCAGCUGCCAGCACAAUGGAGUAUGCAAGAAAGCAAGGUUUGUUUAGCUGAAAGGAAUGAAAAGGUAUCUCCAUUUACCAUUCAACCAUCUGCUGGAGAAAUACCUCCUUUGGGUAUAUGCACUGUGUCAGUUCAGUUCACAUCAUUGCGGUGCCAGCGUCUCCACACUGUACUAGAGCUAGAGGUAGAAAAUGGAGAAGGAAGUCACCUUCCUGUUUUUGUUGAAGUUCAGGCCCCCCAAGCAUGCCUGAUAUCUAGUCAUCUAAUGUUCACCGAAAUUUAUACUGGAGUUCCUGCCAAAGGAACCAGCAAGCUUUUUAACCAGAGACUGCUGCCAGCAAAAUACUUAUGGGGCAAGCUCAUUGGAAGUCAGGCAGCUUUCUGCUCUGCCACUGUCUCCCCAGCCAGUGGCACCUUAGGCCCAAAUGAAGAAAAAGAAUUCUGCAUAGAGCUGUCAGCUAACAUCAUGGGUGAGCUGAAAGAUCUUGCCCUUUCCUGUAGCAUAGAAGAUAUGAUUGAACCCCUCCUUCUGAGCAUUUCUGGAGAAGUAAAAGGCCUGCAUGUCACCUAUGCAGUACCUUCUGACAGUGGAGUUGCCAGUGAUGAAAGACAAAUGCCACAAAGUCAGUGUGAUCUUCUCUUGGACUUUGGAUCUGAAGUUGCAUUCAAAGCCAUAGUAAAGCGUCAGCUAAUUCUUACCAAUCACACUGGAAUCAGUGCUCCAUUCAAACUAGAAGCUGAGUAUUUCACUGGCUACUCACUUACUCCAGAACAAGGAAUCUGCCCCUCCUCAAGCUAUUUGAUGAAAAGAAGAGGACCCAUCUCAGUACAUGCAGCCAGAAGAGCACGGUCAGAGUUUGCUGCAGCUCUGCUGUCUCAUGGGAAGGGAGUAGCUUUCCAUAUACAACCUUCCACAGGAACUCUAAAAGCCUUCCAGCAGCUAAUCAUAGAAAUAACAGCUUACAACAAUAUGUGGGGAGAGUACCAGGAUGAUCUUGUCUGUAAGGUGGGAAACUUAGAACCUAAAUUAAUUCCUAUGCAAAUGACUGUGAAAGGCUGUCCAAUCUUCCUGCAGCUGACAGGACCACAAACAAAGUCACCCACAAUCAGGUUUGGCACUCAUGUCUCUGGAGGGUCUCCUGUCUUUAGGAGGGUCCAGCUCAACAAUCCCACUCCCUUUGACAUCCGCCUGGACUGGGAAGUUUACAACCAAGAGCAAGAUGAUAAUAAACUAGUGGACCUGUUAAUUUUCUUUGAAGACCCUUUUCCUCUUAAGAACACAGAUGAAAAAGAGACUGGAUCAAUUGGUAGCACCUUGAAGUCAGAGAUCGCGUUAAAGCUGGAUCAGUCUGCCAUUCCCCGCAGAAGCAUUUAUCCAGUUUUGCAAACCACUGAUGAGUCUUCAGGCUCUGACAGCAAAGAUAAGGAAACCACCACCCAAGGACCCACAGUGCAGAAACUCGUCUCUGUACUUGUACGACCUCAUGAAGGGGUUCCUGCAGACAGCCCCUACUCCAUUACUCCAAGACAGAUAGUGGUUCCAGGAGGUGGCAGCAUCUCCGUUUGCAUCUCCUUCACCCCACACGUACUCCCAGAGACUGCGACUGAAGUGCAGUGUGAAGGGUUUGUGCUGGGUUUCAUGAGCUUAGACAAGCAUACAAAGACAGUACCUAACAAAGUACAUCGCAAGCACCGCUAUGAAGUACCACAGCUACGAGUAGACUUACAAGCUUUUGUAAGGCAUGCUCUGUUGAAAGUCGACAUGGAUCUUGACAGAGGAAUGGUGUUUUACGCAAUGGCAAGUGAUCUCUUACCAGACCCUCCUAUGUUAGGAGUUUUGACCAAUUCAGUGAUGACUCAAAGUUUGAAACUCAUCAAUUACACUAAGGUUCCUCUGUACUUCAGGCUCCUUCUGUCUACGCCUUUCAGCCUCUCCAGCACAGAUCCCCAAAACAGCACCAAAACAUCCCACAGCAAGAGGGAGGAAGAAGGACAGCAACCACAACUUGUACUUUAUCCACAGCAAAACAUGCUGGUGAAAGUGUCGUUCCACACAACUCUGGAGUUACUUACAUAUCAACAUUUGCCAGAUACCCAGCUGCUUCCUGGAUUCCAAGUUCUCCAGUUUGAGAACGGAGAGAGAAAGCUGAAGUUUAAUCAAAAUCUGGUCAUUGAAUAUAGUAACCACACUACCCAGCUGGUCCCAGUGACUGCUUACCUCACUGUUCCAGUUCUGAAGCUCUCCUGCCACAUGGUUCAUUUCAAGAGCUGCUUUGUUGGACAAACCAAGAUUGAACAUGUCUUCCUGUGUAACAGGAGUGGCUGUAGAAGUUACUGGACUGCUUUGCUGGAUGAACAGGAAAGGCAUAACAAUGCAAAGGUGUUUUCUGUCUUCCCUACUAAUGGCAUUUUGGAGGCACGUGAAGGGGACCCACCUACCAAAGCAAUUCUGCAGAUCAGCUUUACUGCAAGGAGCGACAUUCAAUACAAAGCGGUCAUGACUGUUACUGGAAUACUGGGGGAGAAGCCCUGCAAGCUACAGAUCAAGGGGCAAGGAACCUACGAUGGAAGGUAUGAAGACCUGUAUUAAAUUUAAUCAAGACACCGUGGGAUAAAUGUCAAGGUAACAGGUUGGUUGCAGAUGUGCCAUCCAUUGAGCCUGUAUUGUCAGUUGUUUUAUUAUGGACUAGAAUUUUAGCAGAAUGAAAUUUUAAGUUAUGAGGGGGGGAAAGUUCAUGGUACUUUAAAGAGAAGAAUCAUAAUCUUAUUCCAUUCCUUUUACCACUGUAGUAAGCUUAACCACUACCCCCAGGCUCUGCAAAGUAAUUGGUUUGAAAUAGUGAAGCAGCCAUGGUAACAAGCAAAAUCCCUUUGCACGCCUCCAAUUACAAUUAAAGACUGUUUGUACCUUGUAAAGUAGCUUUUGUUUUGCCUUGGUUAUUUGUUGGACAUUAAAAAGAUAUUGACACAUCAUAAAAGCAAGAACCAGUGAAUAGGCCAGCAUUCCCCAGGCUGUUUCCCUUACAUGAAAAGGGGAAGAGACAACUUUCCCUGGACUUCUUGGAAGAUGACCAACCUGUGUGUUUCAUCAUGGUUGGGCAUUGAGAACAUACCCUUCAGCUACAGAGGGAGGAACCCUUCUGCCUUUGAAUGCCUUCCCCCCACAUGGUUACCAUUUACUCACACUUCUCUAAAUGUUUUUAGUAUUACUUAACUAAAGGUCACUGAAAUUCCCACUUCUGAGCCUGGUAAGUUUUCCACUCUCAUCAUAUAAAAGGGUUUUGUUACUGGCAGUGUGUGUGGUGGAGGGGGCUGCCCUCCCCACCUGAGGAGAACAGAAGAUGCAUGAUUGUUGCCUUCUGCCCAGUUUAAAACCAAUUUGUACUAGCAAGAACUCAUUCUAU